ACGGUGGGCGGAGCGGCGCUCCUGGUCCCGCGCUGCUGUUCUCUGGCUCUCAAGAGGUUCCGCGACUCUGCUGAUCGCUCGCAGACCCUCGAGUUGAGCUCCGCCGAGCUGCACGCCGACUGCCUGCCCACUCGCCAGCGGCGCCGGACUGGGUUAUUCCUCUAGCUCCAGGGUCUUGGAUAUGGACCUUCUUCAGUUCCCGGCCUUCCUGUCUGUCCUGCUACUGUCCGGAACAGCAGUCACAGGCACCCUGAGCACCUCUCUGGACCCGAGCCUGGAGAUCUACAAGAAGAUGUUUGAGGUGAAGCGGCGGGAGCAGCUGUUGGCACUAAAAAACCUAGCACAGCUGAAUGAUGUCCACCAGCAGUACAAGAUCCUUGAUGUCAUGCUCAAGGGGCUGUUUAAGGUGCUGGAGGACUCCCGGACAGUGCUCAUUGCUGCAAAUGUGCUCCCAGAAGGGCCCUUCCCCCAGGACGAGAAACUGAAGGAUGCUUUCUCCCAAGUGGUGGAGAACACGGCCUUCUUUGGCGACGUGGUGCUGCGCUUCCCAAGGAUUGUGCACCAUUACUUUGACCACAACUCCAACUGGAAUCUCCUCAUCCGCUGGGGCAUCAGCUUCUGCAACCAGUCAGGCGUCUUUGACCAGGGGCCCCACUCGCCCAUCCUCAGCCUGAUGGCCCAGGAGCUGGGGAUCAGCGAGAAAGACUCUGACUUCCAGAACCCAUUUAAAGUAGACCGCACAGAGUUCAUCUCCAGCACUGACCCUUUCCAGAAGGCCCUGAGGGAAGAGGAAAAACGCCGGAAGAAAGAGGAAAAGCGGAAAGAGAUCCGAAAAGGCCCUCGGAUCUCCAGAUCCCAGUCCGAGUUAUAGCCCCUGAGCAGGCCAGGGUUCAAGGGGCCAGGAGGCGGCCAGUCAGGAGGAAGAGGAGGAUGCAGCAGCGUCAGCUAGUGGUGAGAGCUGGCCCAUGUGAGGGGAGGCUGAGUCUGCUCAGCCCCCUGGAGCCAGCUCUGAGCCCCAGCUAAGGGACUGGGCCGCAGAGGGCUGGAUUUCCUCCCUGCGACUUCCGCAGAGUGGUGCCAAUGGAGCCUUCAGAGGGUGCUAGGCUGCACACCAACUGUGGAGAUGCUGCAAAAAGCAGGAGGGAACCUGGGCUGGAUUCUCCCAGUGGGUUAGGACCCCUGACUAGUUGGCUGCUGUCCGUUGUGGGAGGCUGCUGUCAUGCCUGCUGCUGGCCCCUCUGUGUUACUGAGUUGCCUGGCACAGGUCUCAGCCCCCUGCAGAAACACAAUAAAAGCCCACUAAUCCUCUGGGCUAACAGAGGCUGGUUUGGGCACCAGGGAGCUGUAAGCCUCUCCAUGGGGCAGGUGGGAGGGGCCUGGGUGGGGGGCUCAGGGCCCUCAGAUGCAGAGAUGACAUUUAAGGAUGUCCCUUCCUCAUCGGGAAGAGCCUCAGGCCCUGGCAGGGCAGCAAAGCACAAGCUUGGCUAUGGCCUUCUCUUCCCUUCGCAGCACUGUCCUUGAUGAAGGGACCAGAAGUAUCUGAGGAGGGUGUUUAGCCCAAGACAACCUUGGAGCGACAUGGUCUCUGUCCUCAGAUAUCCAGGGAUGGCCGUGAUCAGGCACAGGGAAGAAUCAGCUUGUCAUCUCUGGCAGUGUUGGGAGACCCCUGGCCUGUGUGUAGGGCCUUUGGUGGACAGGCUGCAGCUCUGCAGGAGGCUGUGCUUUGUAAGGGGAGGGCUGCUCCGAGCUGGAUUGGUCGGACAGCAAGCUCUCUGUGUCAGGGCCAGGGGGCAGGGAAGCUGCAGAGGGAGGUGGGCCUUGAGUAGGCACUGCCCUUCAGUCAUGUCCUUCCCAGGCAGAAAAGGGAGGGGCUCCAGUAGGAAUUCUAGCUCUUAAGCUGACUUUGCCAAGUCAGGGUCUGCCUCUUAAAAGCAGAGACACACAACUGUCUCCAGCUCCUCACUGCUACCAGAACCCAAGGGAGACCUGGAGUCUAUCUCAGCCCAUUAGACUUGCUGAGUGACCCCUGGCCCACCCCUUCCUUGUGUUGUGGCUUCACUGAUGUAAUGAAUUUGAUAAUGUCUGAACCCUCUGUCCAGCCCUAAAUUGCUUCUCCGAGGUCGGGGCCUGGCUUCUCAGUGACAGGUGCCCUUCUCUGAUGGUUCUUUGUUCUCCCAUGUAUUUGCUGAGCACCCACUGUAAGCACAGCCAAAGAGAGGGGCCCACUCUUAUCCUGUCUUCACCUCUGCCCCAUCUAGCAUCUCUGUUCUCCUGGGUUUUUCCUUCUACACCUUCACUUCUCUCCAUCUUGGCUGAUCCCUUCUCCACCUUCAAAUGGACUCAAGUUUCCCCAUCUGACACCUUAAGAGGUACAAAUAGAACUAUUCUGCUCUCGUCCCUGGGCAGGUCCACCUGGGAGCUGUGGGAGCAUCUGUAGAGUGGGAGACAGACUGGGUCCACUUACCUGACCUGGUGCUCAGAGAUCCCUCUGCAGAGGUUUACUGAGGCUCUGGGAUGGGAAGGCAUUGGACCACAAUGAAAGUGAGCCAUAUGGUAUGCCAGCAUCACCCCCAGUGUGGGGAGCCCUGUGCGAGCCACUGAAGGGUACAUGUGAAGAUGACACUGCCCAGCUCAGUGCCUGGACCAGAGCAGGGCAGCGGGGUUUGAUUUUGUUUCCGGGUAAGACUGGUGUAACCUAUACCGGCUCUUCUGCAUGUAAACAAGAGAACGUUCCUCUCUCCCCCAGGUACUUUAUUAUGUUAUACAUGUUCAUUAUAAAAAGUAAUUUAAAUAAUACUGAAAUGCCAAGAAGAAAGUAAGAUUCACCCUGGGAGUUCCUGUUGUGGCUCAGCGGGUUACAAACCCGACUAGUACCCAUGAGGAUGCAGGUCUGAUCCCUGGGCUCACUCAGUGGGUUAAGGAUCCAGUGUUGCCAUGCGCUGUGGUGGUAUAGGUUGCAGAUGUGGCUCAGAUCCUGUGUUGCCGUGGCUGUGGUGGAGGCUGGCAGCUGCAGCUCCGUUUUGACCCCUAGCUUGCGAACUUCCACAUGCUGCAGGUUUGGCCCUAAAAAGCAAAAAAAAAAAAAAAAAGAGAAAGUAAGAUUUACCCUGAAUCCUACCACUCCCAUAAUUAUAACUGACACUCAGCUAUUAGGCCUUCCAUCCUGCCCUUCAUGUGACACACAGAUCCUUGUUUUCUCAGUUAUAAUAACUACCUUGCAGGGGCCCUAACCGUAUGUCAGGCCUUAUUCCAAGUGCUGGCUUCCAUCAGCUGCUUCUGCUGCAGGGCCUUUGUGUUGUUUGUUCCCUUGGCUAUACCAGAUGCAGUUCUCAUAAUUUCAGGUUUCGUCUUAAAUAUCAAUGUUUUCUUUACCGGACCAGAGGCUCUCAGAGGGCAGGAAUUGUCUCUUUGCUUGCCCCAGAGAUGUUCAAUAAAUAUUGUCAAAUGAA